AUGUCUGCUGAUCAUUUGCAGUUCUUGAAGAACAAGUUCUUUCUGGACUUGGAAGACGCGGAGCAGGAACACACCGGGGAAAAUGAGAUCCCCCUUCUCUCUCACUUUCUACAGAUUAGAGAUGUGCUGAAAGCAAAGGGCAUCACUGUAUCCACACCCAUCAGAUUGAAGAAUUGUCUAUACAACGCAAUCAGCGCAUUAGAAGAGUGCGUGGUGUUGUCGGAGAAGCGUGAACCCCGAAAGAAGAAGGAUGGUCCGAUGCAUGGAUACACUCUGGCGGAGCAUUGGCUGAUAUGCAAAACCAGAAGGUUGUUGGUUCCAACAACGAGAAAGCUAACAGCUGCAGCUGAUGCGGUUAUUCCUGGUAUGACCGAUAUGGCCGCAAGUUCAUCCUCCACCUCCUUACCACUUAUUCCAAGACCAAACUCCGAGGAUUUUUAUCCUUGGAGUUUUCGAGGUUUUGAUGAACAAAUAACCACAAUUUUAGAUCGACUUGAGAAUACAGGGGAUGGGUUUCAGGAAAUCGGAAUCGUGGGGAUCGGGGGAUCGGGUAAAACCACUCUCGCGCAAUUUGUUUUUGUUAAUCAGAAUAUGAUGGAUGCCUUCCAUUACAGAAUUUGGAUUUGCUUAUUCCCCGAACUGAGUGGGGAUUGGUACAUUUGCCUUGAGAAUGACAAAGCUUCUCUAAUACUCUCCUCAUCCACACCCCUUGACAAGCACAAGAGGCAGCUGCCACAAACUCUGCUUCAGUAG